AUGUCCCUCUUUCACCUCCAGCUGCCCCCUCCCGCCGGACUUCAUGCCCCUGAUCCCUCUGUUGUCCGCCCCAGCCUCGCCGGGGCUUUGGCCGUCUCUUCGCUCCCCGGAAACUCCAACGGCCGUGGCAAGCGCUCAUUGAAUGCCAGAUACGACCAGCUCCUCAGCCAAGUCAAGGCCAAAGGCAGGUCUAUCCUCUCUCCAAAGACCAGGGAUGCAAAGCCUAUGCUGAAGAAGCUCCCUAGUCGGUCUCGGGGUGGCCUCUUUUCCCAUUCAGUUUCUGCCUUACCCGUGUCUGCGCCAACCAAGCAAAGCGUUUCUCGGUCUACUAUCAACCAACUCGCUUACCAUCUGGGCCAACGCUCGGCCGCGAGUACCGCUGAUUGGGAUCGUGAAGCUCCCUCUUUCCACCCUGACCCGUACCCCUAUCAGACGAGUCCGCGGCGGGAUGGAUAUCUAACGGACGCCAUCCCCACGGAUGUUGACGUGUACGGCGACUACCCCAUGGACGAAGACGGAGGCCGGUACAUCGCGUCGUCUAUACAGAACCGUAGUCCAUCCCCGUUGAGCCAACCCAAUUACACAUAUCACCCGGCACCUCCCCAGCUCACGCCAACGCCUAUCCAUCUUCACCAUCCGACACCUCCACAGGUCAAUCCCCAGCAGAACCGUCAGCCGAUGACACUUGCUCAACACCGAGUUCGGUUCAGGCCAGCGCAAGAGAAUCAGCUGUACUCGCCUUCUCCGGCAACGUUUUUGCAGUGGCAGAUGUCGACCCCGAAGGGCGCAGAUGGUUCAUUCGCGUCCCGAGAUGCCAGCAUGGUGAGUGAUCUAGCGGGAGUGGGAGGACGGUAUGCAGGAUAUGUACUGGAGCAUGAGAGGUGGGAGGAACCAAGCUCGUUCAACUGGGCUCCUGCACCAAGGCAGAUGGACGUCUCCGAUGUGGCCACCGCGCCUCCUCUUUGGCAGCAGCCCCUGUCGCCCAGAAUGGAAGCCGGACCACCGCCGCAGAAGGAAACACACGAUUACCAACUUUCAAGCUCUCCACUCUUCAAGCACAACCAGCAUUCUCAGACUCAGAAUCUCUCGUCCGACGCUUACGUGCUACACUCCCCAACACCGCAAAGGAUCCUUCGACUUCCGACCAACCUUGGGCCGACGCGACGCCCAACCCCUGCCCCACCUCAACCCUCGCUGCUACUCUCCGAGAGCAUCCCGCCACAGCUGAUGCAAGCCCACCAAUCUCUCCUUCCCGCCCACAUCAAAUCCUCCUCGGCAAAGGCAAAGAAGGCGAGAAAAGAGAGGUCGUACAAGGUGAAGGGGAGGGAGGUGGUGAGGUUGUUGGAGGAAAUGGCUGAAAACGAGAGUGACGGGGAGGAGAAUGAGAGCACUGGGGCCGAUUUGUGGACGACGAGUCAGAGGGAUUCACGACCGCCCUUGGUGCUUCCUGCCAUCACUUACGAGCCAUCUCCAUCUCGAACCCUCGUCAAUCUGCCCAUCAGCCAACACUCAUCCUCCGCUACAAAAGUUCCCAGCUCGGGCAUCAACGGUUCUUCUUUCGACCUCUCCUCAGACGCUGCCCGUCCCUCUCCCACCCAUAUCGCCGAUCCUGGGCCAAAAGCCGAGCCACACUUGAUCAACGACCUUUUGAAGCGAAAAGAGGCACCCUCGCCUUCCAGCAGUCCAGUAGCAAAGGCAGGCAAGAAAAUGAAGGGGAUGUCUGUGAGGGAGAAGAUACGGGGAAGAGCACCCACUCCGGGACCGACCCCGCUCGUUGUUAGUCAGACAGAGGACGAGGAUAUAGGGCUUGAUCUGGAUCUGGACGCGAGCGAGUGUGGUUCUCAGCUCAGCUCUGCCACCAACAUCAAGAACGUCCGCGCGGACAUCCCAUUCUCAAACCCACCCAUUUUCGCCCUUUCCCAACUUCCUGUCCUUCCUCUCCCCCGACCUCUUCCGGACUACACACCCGCUCGCAAAUCUCUCCAGCCUCGACGCAAAACUACUGGGAAGCGUGUGCAGAGGAUAGAGUCAGAAUCUGUCACGUCGGAAGAACUAGAGUCUAUCAGGAGCUUUUCAGAACCGCCCGGUGGUGGGAAGGUGAUGGUGUAUGGGAGUGAUGACGGGCGAGGCAUAGAUGGGAAGGGUGAUCAAGUCAUCGAUUCGGAUGGAACUGCCGUGGAAUCCGACGUGGUCGCAACUUUACAAGCAGGGCACGGGAAGGAUAUGACAAGACAGGGAAGCAAUGCGGACAGCGAGAUGUAUGGAAAGGGGAAAGGAUGGGUGGACGAAGGGUUCUUCGAUGCCAAUGGUGGGGAAUUGGGGUUCCGUAUCUGGCACGAUUGA